ACUUUGUUUCUGGCAACGCUGCAGCUGUGGCGGGUCACUGAAGUUUAGGUGAUGUGCAGGGAUUUGUGGAGGACACUAACGAUUUUUAAAACUUUUUGGUGACUACGUCAGGGCUGCAUGACCCGAGGAGAUUUAUGUCACCACCGGCAGUCAGUCCAUGCCGCCGCAAGGUAAAUAGACCUCACUUCAACGGGACUCUGCCCUGUGAUAUAAAAUGGCGAUGCUGAGAGGAAGGUUUUGAGAGGGAGGUUUUGUUGAAGCAAAGCGGGACCGCUGAGCGCACAGGGAACAUAUCUUCUGAUACUCUGAAGUCCUCUUCGUCUACUUCUAAUAUAUCUUACUGCAAAUAUGUGACGUGGUCAAUUCUUACGUCAACUUUUCUUUUUGUUAGUGAUAUAUUUAAUUUUUUUCCAGUUUAGAGUCAUAAUGGCAGAGUGAAGAUGGGUGACUGGAACUUUCUCGGGGGGAUUUUGGAGGAGGUGCAUAUCCAUUCCACCAUGGUAGGCAAAAUCUGGCUUACCAUCCUGUUCAUCUUCCGAAUGCUGGUCCUCGGGGUGGCGGCCGAGGACGUGUGGAACGACGAGCAGGCGGAAUUUAUAUGCAACACCGAACAGCCUGGAUGCAGGAACGUGUGCUAUGACCUCGCUUUCCCAAUCUCCCUCAUCCGCUACUGGGUGCUGCAGGUCAUUUUCGUGUCGUCGCCCUCGCUGGUUUACAUGGGCCACGCUCUCUACAGGCUCCGGGCUCUGGAGAAGGAGCGGCAGAAGAAGAAAGCUCUGCUGCGAAGGGAGCUUGAGUUGGUCGAUGUGGAGCUGGCAGAAGUCAGGAAGAGGAUUGAGCGUGAAAUGAAACAGCUCGAUCAGGGAAAGCUCAACAAACCUCCUCUGAGGGGCUCUCUGCUGCGUACCUACGUGGCUCACAUCAUCACGCGCUCUAUUGUGGAAGUGGUCUUCAUGUCCGGCCAGUACAUCCUUUACGGUUUUCACCUGUACCCGCUCUUCAAAUGUGAGCGGGAUCCUUGUCCCAACGCUGUAGACUGCUACGUUUCCAGGCCGACAGAGAAAAGUGUGUUCAUGGCGUUCAUGCAAUGCAUUGCUGCGAUCUCCCUCUUCCUUAACAUCUUGGAGAUCAUUCAUCUGGGCUACAAAGAGAUAAAGGCAGGCAUACUGGCCUUCUACCCUUACUUGAGAGACGACAGGGAUGAGCUUGAUGACUACUACGCCAACAGGAGUAAAAAAGAAUCCGUUGUGCAAAUCGGCACCAGCGCAGGCCGGAAGGCAACGGUCGCCUCUGUCCCAAAUGACUACAACCUUUUGAUGGAGCGAGUGCAGGGCACAAAUGUGUACCCAAGCCUCAUCAAGCCUUCAACGUUUCUACCUCUGCAGGGCCAGCUGUGCACUCCACAGGAUCUGGAUGAUUCCAGAUGUUCAGCUCAAAGCCCUCCGGAUUGCCAAUACACCUCAAAUACGAACGAGCCCUGCUCACCGUGCUGCGAGUCUCUCUCUGAUCCAAAGCAAGAGCCGGAGGAGUUUUUACACCCGCCCCAACACGGUAAGAAGGAUGACAGCAGCGACAGAGGGAGCACAGACUCUCCCAAAUGCCUGCAGACGGCACCUCACCCUUCUUCCUACCCCACGUUGCCAGUAAGCGCAUCAAGGCGGCCGUGGAAGGCCCACGGCUCAUCCAAAUGCUCCAUAGUGUUGGAAGGCAAGAGUUCUGACACGGAUUCUUACGGAGGUCCAAAGGCCCGCAGUGGACUUCCAAGCACCCGAACGCAGUCAAAAGCCCAAAGCCGGCCCUCCAGCCCGGAGUCGGACGACUGCAGCUCAGGAUCCAGGAACAACCAGCGGCCACCUUCCUCCAACUGCAAAGCCUCAAUUACAAGUAAUGCAAGUAGCAGACGGGCAGACCUGCAAAUCUGAACUUCAACUGUUUCCUCAUCUGAAUUACUGCCACACAGUGUGACCUACGCGUGAAGUUUGAUUUUACUGGCGUUUCUACAUGAACAUUUGUCGAUAUUUUAGUUUGGUUUACAAGAUGUAGCAGUUCAAUCUAAUGAAUGCGGCAUCUCACACCCAAGUAACUCACAUUUAUAUUUGCUUUUA